AUGAGAAACGCAUUCACAUGGACGGCGGCGCUGCUUGCUAGUGCCUCGCUUGGCUUGGCCCAUGGCGAACCAGAUUUGAAGUAUGAGCACGCGGGAGAAGUCUUCAAGAAUGUGCAUGGCGGCGGGAGUUGUCUCAGCGGUGUUUUGCAUGGCAAUGCUUCGACUGGCGUGACGAAGACCAUUGGCGGAGAGAGCUUGUACCUGGCUUAUCCGCCUCAUCAUAGCAAGACGAAUAAGACCGACACCGCCAUCCUAUACCUUACGGACAUUUUCGGCGUGCAAUUGGUCAACAAUAGGCUACUCGCCGACAGUCUGGCGAAAGCUGGCUAUCUUGUAGUUGCACCAGAUCUCUUCAAGGGCGAUCCAGUCCCAGCCGAUGCUUUGAGUGACCCAAACUCGACCUUCAACAUGACUGCGUGGCGAAGCAGACAUCCCCAAGCUGCGGUUGAGUCGAUCAUCGAGUCUGCAAUCAGCUCGAUUCGUACGGAGUUCAACGCAUCUCGAAUUGGAUCUGUUGGCUACUGUUUUGGCGGCAAGUACGUAGCUCGCUUCUUGGCUGAGGGCAAAGGUCUUGAUGCUGGCUUCACAGCUCAUCCCUCAGCUGUUCUUGCUGAAGAGUGGGGCGCUGUCACCAAGCCUAUCAGCAUUGCCUUUGGUGAGCUGGAUGGUUCAAACACCCCUGACAAUCGAACGACCAUCGAAUCGAUCUUCAUUGCGACGAACAAGACCUACCAGACGUCUCUCUAUGCCGGGGCUGAACAUGGCUUUGCCGUUCGGACUAACCUUACGGACAAGAAGAAGGCGUUUGCGCAGGAGUCCGCUUAUUUCCAGGCCGUGAGAUGGUUGGACGCUUGGGCAAAGGAAGAUUAG